AAAUAUUUUAUUGACGUUGCAGUAUACAAAAUUUGUUAACCAAUCGAAGUAUUUCACAAGUGAAUCACGUGAUAUCUGUCCUUUUCCGUCGGGUCCUAGAAGCAGGACAACUUAUAUUACCAGUUGUCCGGGAAAAUCAGAGUAAAUCCAAGAUGGUGAACUUUACAGUAGACGAGAUUCGCGCCAUUAUGGACAAAAAGUACAACAUUAGGAACAUGUCCGUGAUUGCUCAUGUAGAUCAUGGAAAAUCAACACUGACGGACUCUCUGGUCAGUAAAGCUGGUAUCAUUGCUGGUGCUAAAGCAGGAGAAACCAGGUUUACUGAUACCAGAAAAGAUGAACAAGACAGAUGCAUUACCAUCAAGUCAACGGCCAUCUCCCUGUACUAUGAACUGGCAAAAGAAGACCUCCAGUUUAUUCAACAGCCCCAAGGUGAGGAACGCGAGAACCAUUUCUUGAUCAAUUUGAUUGAUUCUCCUGGGCAUGUUGACUUCUCAUCUGAGGUGACUGCUGCUCUUCGUGUGACAGAUGGAGCGCUUGUGGUUGUCGACUGUGUGUCUGGGGUAUCUGUACAGACAGAAACUGUUUUGAGACAGGCUAUUGCUGAGCGAAUUAAGCCGGUGCUCUUCAUGAAUAAGAUGGACCUUGCCCUGCUGACAUUGCAGUGUGAUGAAGAGGCGUUGUACCAGAUCUUCCAGCGAGCCAUAGAGAAUACUAAUGUCAUCAUUGCCACGUAUGAGGGUUCAGACAGCCCUAUGGGCAACAUUUCUGUGGAUCCGCAAAAUGGUACAGUAGGUUUUGGAUCUGGACUUCAUGGCUGGGCUUUUACCCUGAAGGACUUUGCAAAGAUGUACUGUGCUAAGUUCAAGAUUGAAGAGUCAAAAAUGAUGAAGAGACUUUGGGGAGAUAACUUCUAUAAUGAGAAGGAAAAGAAAUGGACAAAGUCUUGCUCAGAUGAUAUGACACCACUGAAGUGCCGUGGUUUCAACAAAUAUAUCUUGGUACCAAUCUUUCAGGUGUUUAAGAUUUGCAAGGAUUCUGAAGAUGACAAUUCUAAGGCAGUUGCAUUUGCAGCAAAACUUGGUGUGAAAUUGACAACAGAAGAGAAGGAUCUACGUGGCAAAAACUUGCUCAAGGUUAUGAUGAGGAAAUGGCUGCCAGCUGGUGAUGCUCUACUUCAGAUGAUAGUAAUUCAUCUGCCUUCUCCAGUAACGGCCCAAAAAUACAGAACUGAGCUCUUGUAUGAAGGUCCUCUAGAUGACCCUUGUGCUACAGGUGUAAAAUCUUGUGACCCCAAGGGAGAGCUGAUGAUGUACAUCUCAAAGAUGGUACCCACAUCAGACAAGGGACGAUUUUAUGCUUUUGGACGUGUUUUCUCUGGUACCGUUUCUACUGGACAGAAGGUGCGUAUCAUGGGCCCCAACUACAAGCCAGGCAAGAAGGAAGACUUGUAUGAGAAGAGUAUUCAAAGAACCAUUUUGAUGAUGGGUCGCUACAUUGAACCAAUUCCGGACGUACCCUGUGGCAACAUAUGUGGUUUGGUAGGAGUGGAUCAGUUUUUGGUCAAGGGUGGUACCAUAUCCACAUACAAAGAUGCCCACAACAUGAAGGUGAUGAAAUUCUCUGUGAGUCCAGUUGUGAGAGUUGCAGUUGAAUGCAAAAACCCAUCUGAAUUGCCAAAGCUUGUAGAAGGUCUUAAGCGUCUCUCAAAAUCAGAUCCCAUGGUACAGUGUACAAUUGAGGAGUCAGGAGAGCACAUCAUCGCUGGUGCAGGAGAAUUACAUUUGGAGAUUUGUCUUAAAGAUCUUGAGGAGGACCAUGCGUGCAUUCCGCUGAAGAAAUCUGACCCCGUCGUAUCAUACCGUGAAACUGUUACAGAGGAAUCCUCAAUAACGUGCCUGUCGAAGUCACCAAACAAACAUAACCGUCUUUUUAUGAAGGCUAGACCUUUAGAUGAAGAAUUGCAAGCCCAAAUUGAUAAUGGUGAGAUCACACCAAGGCAGGAGAUGAAGGAAAGGGCUCGAAUCUUGGCAGACAAGUAUGACUUUGAUGUCUCUGAAGCAAGAAAGAUCUGGUGUUUUGGUCCAGAAGGAACUGGCCCAAACUUGUUGAUUGAUGUUACAAAAGGAGUACAGUACCUCAAUGAAAUCAAAGACAGUGUAGUGGCUGGCUUCCAGUGGGCUACAAAGGAGGGUGUUCUUUGUGAUGAAAAUGUUCGUGGUGUGAGAUUUGAUAUACAUGACGUAACUCUCCACGCUGAUGCUAUUCACAGAGGUGGUGGCCAGAUCAUCCCAACGACAAGAAGAGUCUUGUAUGCCUGUAUGUUGACAGCUGUACCAGGUCUUAUGGAACCCGUCUACCUUGUAGAAAUAAGAGUACCAACAGCAGCCCAAGGAGGAUGUUUCUCUGUACUUAAUAGGAAACGUGGUGAAAUGCAGGAGAACUAUGAAAUUAUUGUAGGGCAGUCAAUUCUGAAGGCUCACAUGCCUGUAAAUGAAUCGUUCGGAUUCACAUCAGAAUUGAGAGCUGCAACAGGAGGUCAGGCUUUUCCACAGUGUGUAUUUGACCACUGGAAAGUGAUGCCCGGUGGUAGUGCUCUGGAUCCAACUACCAAAACAGGGGAAAUCGUCACUGCAAUCAGAAAACGCAAGGGACUUAAAGAACAAGUGCAAGGAUUAGAUAACUUCUUGGAUAAAUUGUAACCUGUAUAUGGACAAGAUAGUGCUGUUAUUUAUUUUUUUUUUGCCCAAACUUUGAUUUACCUGCAAUCCUGUUAAUACAUGGUAAAAGACAUGCAGAAGAAAAAAAUAUAGAAGGGAACUAUUACAUCCUGUCUACUGUCAAAAAAUAGAAACAUCAAUUGCUGUUAAAUGUGCUUUGUGAAAAAUAGUGCUGCAGCCAACAAUGGCAUGAAACAAAGAAAAAAAUCUGAA